AUGUCAUACGCCGGCGCAGACCCAUACGGCGUGCGCGUCAUGAGCGGCACGUUGAUCGCGUGCGACAGCGCGGCGAAACAGAUCAUCCUGCAUCUCGAUGAGGGACGGCCGGGAUCGCACAAGUUUGUGAUGCGUGAUGUCGACGAGUCGCACGUCCUUGUCAAAUCCGUUUUCGUCGAGGAACUCAAGGGGCUCCUGCAGGCUGAACUUGAGAAGAACACUUAUGUUGCGGACCCGGCGGCGUUCGACGACGAUAGCCACAUCUCAGUCAAUUUGGCUCACAUUGACGAGACCAAGGCCCUCGUCGAGCGCGAGUUUGAGAUCGUCAUCCGACCGCGGACAAGGCCGCCAAGAAGCCGUCAGAGAGAUGACUGA